AUGGCAAGUUUACAAGCGGCGAAGAAGGAAUUGCGUGGCCAGAUCAAAAAGGUUUUGUCUGGUCUUUCUGCAGAAUCAAUCAAUAAGCAAUCUGCUACCGUAACCAAGUCGCUUCUAUCGUUACCGGAAUAUCAAGCUGCUAAACGGUUAAGCGUGUAUCUUGCGAUGCCGUCUGGAGAGAUUCAAACGGCAGAUAUCGUUCGAGAUGCGUUUAGCCAAGGUAAGCAGGUGUAUGUGCCAUAUAUCUACCAACUGGACUCGGUCGCUACGCAAGGAAGGAAGUCUGUGAUGGAGAUGCUGGCGCUGCGUUCCGUCGAAGACUACGAAUCUCUACAGCCAGACAAAUGGGGCAUACCUUCGCUGGAUGCGGGGACGCUUGCCACAAGAGAGAACUGUUUUGGGGGAUACGGACUUUUGGGACUUUCGAAUCCUGCGGCGGAAAAGGAUGAGUCGGGAUUAGAUUUAAUUGUUAUGCCUGGCUUAGCGUUUGAUGAAAAAUUCGGAAGACUCGGCCAUGGAAAAGGGUACUAUGACCAUUUCAUUAUGCGAUCGCGAGGUCAACAUGCAGACGCCACGAACGCAAGGCGAAUACCAUAUCUGGGUAAGAACCUCUGCCAAUUCCCUAUAACUACGUGCCGUCGACUUAUUCAAUCAAUAGCCGCUCUCACUCUAGAAGAACAAGUUCUUCCUCCUUCCGAACGGGUUCCAACUGCCGAACACGAUUGCCCAGUGGAUGCGCUGAUCGUGGGCGAUGGACGGGUACUAAAACGGGCAUAA